GCUGCUUUCUUGUUUCUUUCCAGUGCUCGCCCUUUAUUUAUCCCUUCAUUUCUCAUUCCUUAGCCUUGUAAGCUUCCCCAUCCCCUCUCCCUGUCCCCCUUUCUCUCCCUACUGCAAAUGUCUCGAUUCUCCAUUGAAUCUCCCAAGCAUUGUGCCAAGAAAGAAAUCAACGUAAACAAGUUCUACAAAAAGUUCUUCUUUAUCUUCUCUUCAUUUUUCACCUCAAUUCUUUUCCUAAUAUUGAUCGUUUGGCUUAUCCUUCGCCCUGCCAAGCCACAGUUCUCCCUCAAAGAAGCUGACAUCUACCAACUUAAACUCUCAGGCUUUAACCUUCUCAACUCUUCAAUCCAACUCACCCUACUUUCCAAGAACCCCAAUGACAAAGUAGGCAUUUACUACGACGAGUUACAGGCUUACGCCGCCUACAAGGGUCAGCAGAUCACUGUGGCUACUCCUUUUCCUCCAUUCUACCAAGGACAUCAAGAUAGCAACCUCUUGACAGCAUCUUUGAUUGGAACUGGGCUACCGGUGGCUUCAUCGUUCGGUUACGAAGUGGGGCGGGAUCAGACCGCCGGAAAACUAUUUCUUAACGUGAAGGUGAAUGGAAGGCUACGGUGGAAGGUUGGGACCUGGGUUUCCGGGAGAUACAGGCUUAACGUGAAUUGUGUUGCUGUUAUGGCUUUUGGACCUUCUCUCCCUAGCGGCCCGCUCAGUUCAAAGCAAGGGACUCAAUGUUCUACCACUGUUUGAUAAUUAUCUUACUAACAAUACUAAGCCUGCAGUGAGUUAUUUGCUUGUGCUACUGCUAUUGUUAAAAUCAGAUUUGGUGUGGCUUAAAGAAUACUAGCUUGAGCUCAAAUGGCACUGAAGUUGACGAGUUCAAGACACAGUCAAAUAAAAAAAAAAAAUGGUAUGCGUGUUUCUGCUACUCUCUAUAGUUAAGUGCUGUUUAAAUUAUAAUUAUAGUAAGUGAUAAGACAGAAAGCUUAAAUUAUAAGCAGCAGCUAGUGCUAAUGAAAAGCUUAAACAGCUUUGUCUGAGAGUGUACAUUUUAAUUCUUAUCUUUUGUUAUGAUUAUACCUUUGGAUGGAUUGAUUUUA